CGGGAGCCGACGUGUGCAGACGUUGUUCUAAUCCCGGUCUUCGUUUGGUCCGGUUGCCCUCUCCCUAUUGCCCAGAGGGCGGGAGUGUCUGUGGCCAGGGGAAGGCGGAGGAGGUAACUGUCCGGAUUCCAGCAGCGCGUUGUACCUUUUGGAGCAAAGGAGAAAUCUGUCCGGAAUCCCCGCAGGAAAAGCUGGUAAUGGACCUUCCGAAGUACUGUUCUUUUCCCUGAGCCAUCCGUCUCCGCCGCGUCGCCUGUGUCUGUGGAUCUGGGGGUCAGAAGGCCAAUCUAACUCUAAGAUCAGUAAGAACAGACAAAUUGUCUAGAACCCAGUAGGUCAGAGCGAGGGUGGUGGCAUUGUUUGGGGACCCCUGGGUGACGAAUGGUGAUGACUGCAAACUCCAGUGGGCAUUCCCUUCCCUCCUUCCUCUCUACACUAUUUCAAAGCUUGCAAAAGAAAGUGCUCUGUCCUCCUGGGCGAGAAGGACAUGACUGGGAGGGAGUGGGUGUCAAGAGUUUCCUGGGGUGAGGGUGGGGAGGACAUUACCCCAAAUUAUUGCUUGCAGUAUGGUACCCAUGAUGUUGGACUGUUCACCAAGCACCCAGUCCCAUAAUUUGUCAGUACUUAAGUUUGGUGGAAACCGUAAAUCGAGGCACAGAAGGAAGGGAAUUGCUCUUGAGCAGUGGAAGUUGGUAUAAUGCAAGGAGGGGGGUUGUCUUCAUACCUUUGAGAUGGUGGGGGUGGCGGGGCAAAGGUAGAGUUGGAGACCUGAAUAUAUUUCACGCCUGUUUGACUUCUAGACACUUUUGUUGCAUUAGGAUCCAUUUUGUUACUGGGAAUGGAGUGUGGCGUCACAUUCAGAGGAAGUGACUGGAGUGGGGGGUAGGGUGGAGGGUUGGAGAAGAGGAUUUUUGAAGGAGAGAGAGGAGGGAGGAUAAUAAAUUUCAAAGUUUCAGCUCUGUGAGGAGAGGAGGGUAAGGGAAGACAGGAAAUAUUGAGCAAGGAAGGACAAGGGCUAGGGAUUCAAAAGAAGGACAGGUGUCCCGUUCUGAGUGAGGGUCAUCUGUUUCCUAAGCACUCAGCACCUUCCUCCCCACCUGCUUGUCUACAGGUUUUCGGGACUGAAGAAAGAGAAGAAACUGCCUAGACCUCUGCAGGUGUCUCACUGUGUCCCAGCCAGCAGUAAGGACUCCGCCCCCUACCUGUGCACACUCCUCUGCGCCAGAGCAAAUCUGCUCUGAGCCUGACUUUCUCCCAGGCUGGGCCAUGGGCCGAACUCGGGAAGCUGGCUGUGUGGCCGCUGGUGUGGUCAUCGGGGCUGGCGCCUGUUACUGUGUGUACAGACUGACCUGGGGAAGAGAUGAAAACGAGAAAAUCUGGGAUGACGACGAUGAGGAGUCUAAUGAUACAUCAGAGACUGGGGUAGAGACUGGGAAAGGAACUAAGGCUAACUUUGGGGCAGGGACUUCAGUCAAACUUCAGGGUGACUCAAAGGCCAAAGCUGAAGAGACCUCGAGACUGGAGAGUCGUCCAGGUGUAAAGGAGCAGAUCCCCAUGGGGCCCCAGAGAGUAGGUGGUUUAGAGGCCAAGGCCAAGGCCCUUUUCAACACUCUGAAGGAACAGGCAAGCGCAAAGGCGGCCAAAGUCGGCAGGGUGGGUCCUAUCUCUGGGAAUAGGACCCUUGCACCAAGUUUACCCUGCCCAGGAGGCAGGGGUGGAGGUUGCCACCCCACCAAGAGUGGAACUAGGCCUGGGGGCAAGGCAAAUGGGAAAUCCAAGGGAAAAUCUCGAAGCAGUAAGAGCACUAGGGUUCCAGCUACAACAUGGCCAGUCCGUAGGGGCAAGUUCAACUUUCCAUAUAAAAUUGAUGAUAUUCUGAGUGCUCCUGACCUUCAAAAGGUCCUUAACAUCCUGGAGAGAACAAAUGAUCCUUUUAUUCAAGAAGUAGCCUUGGUCACUCUGGGUAACAACGCAGCAUAUUCAUUUAAUCAAAAUGCUAUACGUGAAUUGGGUGGUGUCCCAAUUAUUGCAAAACUGAUCAAAACGAAAGACCCCAUUAUUAGGGAAAAGACUUACAAUGCCCUUAAUAAUUUGAGUGUAAAUGCUGAAAAUCAGGGCAAGAUUAAAGCAUAUAUAAGUCAAGUAUGUGACGACACUAUGAUUUGCCGCUUAGAUUCAGCUGUGCAGAUGGCUGGACUAAGACUGUUAACCAACAUGACUGUGACAAAUCAUUACCAACAUUUGCUUUCCUAUUCUUUUCCAGACUUCUUUGCUUUGUUAUUCCUGGGAAAUCACUUCACCAAAAUACAGACUAUGAAAUUAAUUAUAAACUUUACUGAAAAUCCAGCUAUGACAAGAGAGCUGGUCAGUUGUAAAGUACCAUCGGAAUUGAUUUCCCUCUUCAAUAAAGAAUGGGAUAGAGAGAUUCUUCUUAAUAUCCUUACCCUGUUUGAGAAUAUAAAUGACAACAUAAAAAGUGAAGGGCUUGCAUCAUCCAGGAAAGAAUUUAGCAGAAGCUCACUUUUUUUCUUAUUCAAAGAAUCUGGAGUGUGUGUUAAGAAAAUCAAAGCACUAGCAAAUCACAAUGAUCUGGUGGUGAAAGUAAAAGUCCUAAAAGUAUUAAUUAAACUCUAAUUUGGGGCCUAUCCCAAAUGGUAUAAUGGUAAUUUUUUUUUAGUUUGCACCUGGGAACAAUAUAUUUUGUAAAUUCUUUGUUUUCCACUAUGUCUAUAUGGCAAAUAGAUCCUUCCAGCUGCUGUUCUGAAAUAAUAUCCAGAUCAUCGACAAUGAUUGAUGCUGGUUGUGAUUGUCAGGUUUAGGCUGGGCUAUUUUAAGGAUGCCAAAUGAAUAUUAGAGCGAGUACAAAGGAUAUGUAUAUUGAUUUGAUCCUGCUAACUAGAUUGAGUUAUUUUUACUCUUUCCUCUACCUAAAAUGACAGUGAUUAUACGUCAUGAAUAAGCUACACUUUUGUAUUGAUUAACAUUUGUUAAUCCAAAAUUUGUGUUUCAUCAAUAAAGUUGUGUGUUUUAAGCAACAGACACAAAAGACAUUUUCCUUGUCAUUGAGUUUCUAUCUGUUUGGAAAGGCAAGAUAUACAGAAACUAAAAGAUAGUGACAAAACUGGGAGUCUCCUAUCAUGGCCGGAUGCCUCCCAUCACUGCUUAGAGGCAGCAGAAGCUGCUGCGGUCAGCUGUGGUCAGGGAAAGUUUUACAGAGGAGGCGGACACUUGAGUAAGCUGGGCUUGAAGGACAGGAUACAGGUGGGUCUCAAGGAUAUUGAGGGAGGGGAGAGUGGUGGGGAGAAGGGCAUAGAAGUGGGGAUCUGCUACAAAGAGAAGCUGGCCAGCCUGGGGUGGAAAGUGUGGGGAGAGGAGAUAGAGGUGGGUAAUUGGAGUGAGUCCCAUACACGGAGCACCCCUGAUUGCUAUACUGGGGUAUCUGGCUAUUAUCCCAUCCACCCCUGGAACACACCAAGGCCAUUCCUGACCAGAGAACCCACAAGAUGAAAGGAAAGUGAUGUGGUAGAUUUAUGUGCAGCACAGGUUCAACUUGAAGUGGGGCCAGGAGUGGUGACCGGAGAUUAGAUUACCAGUCAGGAAGUUACCACAAUAGUCCAAGCACAAGACAGUGAAGGUGUGGCAUGUCAUUGAUGGCUGUGGGAAUGGUACGGAGGGGAGAGACCCUUGGAAUAAACACGUGCCAGAAUCUAUUCUGGGUACAGAAGAGUGAUUUUAUUUUAGAGUCCUAGGGCAUUUAAUAGGAAAACAUUCUCCUUCUUGGCUAACUCUUGUGUCUGCAUAAGUGAAUAAAAUAGUUACUAUUUUGAAAUAAUAGGAAAUAUAGAAGAAAGAAUAUUUUUUGGUGUUUAUAGAAGAUUUAUUUUAUAAGGUUGGUUGGAGUGCGGCCUUUACAGAAAAUCGAGAGUGCUGUUGAGAUUCACAAAGGAGAAGAUCCACCUCUCUCCCAUGCCUUAGUGUCGGUGAGGGAGUGUAUGUGGGGGAAGGAGCACUCUCAAACUCUGCAGGUGGGAGUAUACAGUGGUAAGAGGUCCACUGGGAUACAUGUUUCUGCAGCUUAAAGAUAUGCAUUCUCGUUGACUCAGUAACUCCAAUAAUUUGUAGACAUUCAUCCUUAGGAGAUAAUCAAAUAAUUGGUUUGUCCAAAGCUGUGUGUCUUCAAGCUGUUUUGAAGGGUGAAAAAUUGUAAAUGACUUGUGCCUCAAAAUAGGCAAUUGGCUAUAAAUAACCAGAUAUCUACAUGUGAAAUAUUCUGCAGCUGUUGAAAAUUGAUGGAUAUCUACAUUUCUCUAACCAAAAAAAAAAAAUUCAGUAUAUAAUCUUAAGUAGAAAAGCUGGUUAUAUGUUGUAUACAUGGUAUGUCUUAUUUUUCAGAACAAUAAAAGAUUUACAUACAUUAUAACUUCUGAAAGGCUGUAUACCCAAAAAAGAAGGAGGAGAAGUAUGGGUGAAAAGGAAUGGAGGUGGGAAUCCUACUCCAAUGAGGAAGUUGGCUUCCUUUGAGUAGAAAGUCUGUGAAUAAAAUGAUA